AUGGCAGCCGGUGAGAACGGAUUCGCCGCCUCGUGUUCCGUCGAACGCGCACCAAGUCGCGUCUUGAACGAGGCCGUCAUGCCACCCAAAGGCUCCAAACUCAAGAAGGCUACAUCUACAGCUGAGGGUACGCCACUGCCUCCAUCCCUCGGCGAGAAGCUGUCUUACGCACAGGCGCCCCGGCCAUUCAAGAACCCCGCGUAUACUAAGAAUAACGGUCGCCGUGCUAAGAAUGUCAAGGCAGUAUUAGCACAGGAGCGUGAACGCGCCCGUGCAGCUGCCGAACGGAUGGCCGUCGACGGCGAUGAGCCAGAUCCCGACCCGUUGAACUACCUGUCAAUAGAAGCCCCGCCCUCGCUCAUCCCAGCACGCCAUUACUGCGAUAUUACUGGUCUUGAGGCACCGUAUACCGAUCCUGCGACUGGCCUUCGGUACCAUGACAAGAGCGUGUACGAGUUCAUCAAGAGCCUGCCCGCGAGUGCGGCGAGGGAGUACCUGGCCGCAAGAGGCGUGAAUCCGGUGGUCAAGUAG